AUGUUAAAAAUUACAAAAAGGCAAAUAUAUUACUCGUGUGAAAAAAAAAAAUAUUAUACAAAUAGAUUAUACAAAAAAGUGUGCAACAAUUGCUUAAAUUUGAAUAUAAAUAACUUAAAUAAAUGCAUUUAUUGUGAUCAUAUCAUAACUGAUAAUGAUAUUCGAUUAAUAAAAAAUAAUAUUUUUACAGAUAUUAUAAAUGUAAGAAAAGAUUGCAAAUAUUUAGACCAAAAAAAUGUUAAAAACAGUUAUGCUCCAUUAUUAAAUAAUGUAGAAAUUGAUGAUAAGUAUAUUCAUAUUAAAAAUGGGUUCAUAAAUAACUGUAACAUAUUGUAUGUAUAUUAUAACUGUUAUGAUUAUAUUAUAUUAAAUAAUCCUUACAGUAAUUCAUGUCUCAAUCUUAUUGUUUUAUUUAAAGGAAUUAUGUAUGAUGUUAAAAACUUAAAAAGAAAAAAUAUAAGUUGCUUAUUGCAUAUGUAUAAUUAUAUUUACUUUAUAAUAGAUAUAUUUCUAUAUUUUCUUAUAAUUAGCAAAGGGAAAUAUGUCCAUUAUAAAUAUAUGUAUAACAAGUCAACACAUGGUGAUAUAGAUUAUAAUGAAGAAAUAGUAGAAAUUUUGCUUGAAUUAAAUAAAAUUAUUAAGGAAAAGAAGAAAAAUAUAAUUAUAGAUAAGAUUGAUAGUGAAAAAAAAAAUUUAGAAAAUGUAAAUGAAGAAAAUAUAAUAGAAAAAUUAAAUGAAAAUUAUGAAGAUAUAUAUAAAGAUAUAUUAAGAAAUAUUGACAAAUCUAUAUUAAAUAAAUUUUUUAAGAAGUUAGAAGAUGAAAACAUUAAAAAAAAAAUAAAAGCUUUGAAGAAACAUUUAUAUGUAGGUUGCUCAUAUCCAUCUCCUGUAAAUCACUUUUCUAUGCAAAUUUUAUUUCCACCAUUUUCAAAUUAUAAUUUCUUUACUUUUCCUUUUUAUUUUUCUAUUCAGAAAAUUCUUUAUGAUUUGUAUAUAUAUGGCCAUGUCAAAAAUUAUAAUCACUCAGAAAUAAUUAAAAAUGUUUACAAUAACAAGUUAAUGAAAGAAAUAAAAGAAAGUGACACUUUUUCUAAAGAUAUCUUUCAAUUUGAAUGA